AUGUUAGUCAACCCAGGCGGCCCUGGUGGAUCCGGAGUUACCAUUGCUAUGGCACUCGGGAAAAGUAUUCAAACUGUCGUAGGUCCCCAUCAAGACGUGAUUGGCUUUGAUCCUCGUGGGAUUGGGGCAACAACGCCUCGUGCGGAUUGCUUUUCAUACCCAGCUGAUGGCGGGGAUGGGGAGGACGACCAUGUUCGCGGACAAUUCCACCGAACCCUUUGGGGGAACGCGGGAAGACAGAUUGGCCUUGUCAAUUCUAGCUCCGUCGCUUUACAGAAACUUGACACUAGGGCGAGAGUUCAGGCAAAAUUAUGUGCUGAGAAAGACUCAUUGAAGGGUUCGGAUAGUAUCUUCAGACAUCUCAGCACCCCUACCGUUGCUAGAGAUAUGUUGAGCAUCGUCGAUGCGUGGGAUGAAUGGACGGCUGCCUUGCCUUCAGAGAGCGCCCCAGGGAAAUUGUCUGCAACAGACGACAAGUUGAGGCCAGACCCUUCUAAAGGUCCUAUUAGCCUUGACACCAAAUCCAAGCUUGUUUAUUGGGGAUUUAGCUAUGGCACGUUAUUAGGGGCUACCUUCGCCGCUAUGUUUCCAGACCGCGUUGGAAGAUUGAUCCUGGAUGGUGUGGUGGAUGCAGAUCACUAUGUGUCACCACUCUGGUCAGAGAGUAUCCGCGAUGCAGAUGCCGUAUCGAGAUCGUUCUCAAGGUACUGUCAUGGGGCUGCUGAAAGUUGUGCAUUAUACCGGGACAAUGAUACCGUGGCAGAUAUUGAAGAGCGGUUCGAACUUAUCAGGACCAGCAUCAUGGACCAUCCAAUUACCUUGAUUGAUCCAAUAUCGAAGAUGCCGAUAGUUAUCAGUUACAGCGAUAUCAGACUUGUUCUGUUCGUGUGUUUAUAUGCACCUACGCAGACGUUUCCUAUUGUCGCUAUGAUCUUAGAUAGUUUAUAUCGAGGAUCAGAUGCAGUAGUGGGUCAAAUCUUUGGCUGGCCGCCGGACCUUGAACUUCAGCCGUUUUGUGGGCCUCCUCCACCGCCGAGCCUUUACCCAAACGAGGCACAAGCCGCCAUUAUGUGCAGUGAUAAGAGAUAUGAGCUGAACGAGACUAUUCCAAAUCUUCAUCGGCUCUUCGAGAAGCUGGAGACUGAAUCUUCAUGGGCCGAUGUUUGGAUGACUUUGAUGAUCGGCUGUGACGGAUGGCAAAUCAGCGCCGUUGAUCCGCCCAUGCGAUGGGAUAGUAAUCCAGCAAACACCUCCAAACCCAUAAAAACCUCCUUUCCCGUUCUCUUCAUCAGCAAUACUGCAGAUCCAGUUACACCUCUUUAUGCUGGCGUCAAGAUGGCUCAGAAAUUUGUUGAUGCAGGGUUAAUCGAACAGAAGUCAGAGGGUCAUUGCAGCCUUGCUGCCGUAUCACAAUGCACCAUGAAGAAGAUCAGAGCGUACAUUGAGAAAGGAGAGGUACCACCUGCUCCUGUAAGGGGAGGAAAGGGCAGAGAACUGAUUGAUGGGAAAUGGGAUAGAUGUGAGGCUGAUGAAUGGCCAUUUCACCCUUAUGAAUCGGAUACGUGGCUCGCUGCGAAGGGCGAAGUGGGCGUUGAUGAUGUUGAAAGUAUGGAUGCUCUGCGGGAUAUGCAAAAGAAAUUUUACAGGCAAGCAACGUUUUUGGGUCAGAUUGGAGGUUUGAAUAUGGGCAAGAUUAACGACUUCGUUCUUCAAACGUAA